AGGUAGGUUGUUGGAUUUUUGGUUAUACAUCAGAAAUCUAGAAUUUCAUACGAUGAAAUUACAAAUGACCUAUGCCCAGUAAGUUUCUCUUCUCUUGUAAAACUGGGAGAACAUCAACUGUGGAUGUUUCUAGGAUGCAAUAUUCCGAGUUGUGGCUGCAAUACUCCACUUAGGGAAUAUCGAAUUUUCAAAGGGGACAGAAUCAGAUUCCUCUGAACCCAAGGAUGAGAAAUCACGGUUCCAUCUCAAAACAGCAGCUGAGCUUUUCAUGUGCAAUGAGAAGUCUCUUGAGGACUCUUUAUGCAAAUGUGUGAUUGUGACCCGUGAUGAGACCAUAACAAAGUGUUUGGAUCCAAAUUCUGUAGCUCUCAGUAGAGAUGCUCUGGCUAAAAUUGUUUAUUCAAGAUUGUUUGAUUGGCUUGUGAACAAGAUCAAUAACUCUAUUGGUCAAGAUCCUGAUUCGAAGAACUUGAUUGGGGUUCUAGAUAUUUAUGGAUUUGAGAGUUUCAAGACAAACAGUUUUGAGCAAUUCUGUAUCAAUUUGACAAAUGAAAAACUACACCAACAUUUUAAUCAGCAUGUUUUCAAGAUGGAGCAAGAAGAAUAUACAAAAGAAGAAAUUGACUGGAGUUAUAUAGAGUUUAUUGACAAUCAAGAUGUUCUUGAUCUCAUUGAAAAGAUUGGUAAAACCAAAGUGUUUCUCAGAGCUGGCCAGAUGGCAGAAUUGAAUGCUUGUCGAAGUGAGGUCUUAGGAAGAUCAGCAGGUGUCAUACAGAGGAAAGUUCGAUCUUAUCUUGCUCAGAAAAGCUUUAUCUUGUUACAGGUUUCUUCCAUUCAGAUUCAAGCCUUUUGUAGAGGACAAGUUGCACGCUAUCAGUAUGAAUGCAAGAGAAGGGAGGAUGCUUCUAUUAAAAUCCAGACACAUUAUCAUAUGUGUCCUUCUAAGAAUGCAUACCAAAAGUUGUACUCUUCAGCUGUUUUAAUUCAAACAUGUAUACGUGGGAUGGCUGCUCGUAGUGACCUUAAGCUCCGGAAGCAGACAAGGGCUGCUAUUAUUAUCCAGGUAAAGAUAGCAUGUGUAAUUGAUAUACAGUUGCUAUAAAGAGCUAUUUCAACUGAAAUUUGAGCAAUAUGCCAACUGAAUUUAUGGGUGCAUGGCAUGUUAUAGGAUAUGACUGAUUAUUUUUUACUUUUAGAAGUAUUAAAUUGAAAGAUAGUGGUUUGUAUUUCCAUUUUCUAUAUUGUCAAUGCUAACUUAUUCUUGUCUAUGGACUAUGUCAGAGUCAA